UGCUGGGAUAGGCUCCAGCACGCCCGCGACCCCCGUGGGGACAAGCAGUAUUGAAAAUGGAUGGACGGGUUCCCUGCAGUUAGCUAUAACGGUGCUCUAAUUCAGUGUUUCCCGUACAGUGUGCCGUGAGAGAUGCUUAGCUGUGCCGUGGGAAAUUGUCCAACCUUAAUUACGGAGCGCAUUGUAAACAGGAUCGUCAAACCACUGAGCUGUCAGUGGCCAGAUGAAGGUGUUGGUGACUGGAGGCUCCGGCUUGGUGGGGAUGGCCAUACAACAUGUGGUGAAAGAGGAAGGGGCAGGCUACGAAGGAGCAUGCAAGAGACGCAGGAAGUGUUCAGGAAACACCAGCCCACCCAUGUUAUCCACCUGGCCGCCAUGGUGGGGGGCCUUUUCAAAAACUUGAAGCGUAACCUGGACUUUUGGAGGAAUAACAUCCACAUCAAUGACAAUGUGCUGCAGGCCGCACAUGAAGUAGGUGUGCUUAAGGUCGUCUCCUGUCUGUCCACCUGCAUAUUUCCUGAUAAGACCGCAUAUCCCAUCAAUGAGACUAUGAUCCAUAAUGGCCCACCUCACGAGUCCAACUUUGGCUAUGCCUAUGCAAAAAGAAUGUUAGAUGUCCACAACAGGGCCUACUUCCAGCAGCAUGGACGCUGCUACACGGCUGUCAUCCCCACAAAUGUGUUUGGUCCCCAUGACAACUUCAGCAUUGAAGAUGGCCACGUGCUGCCGGGCCUAAUUCAUAAAACCUACAUUGCCAAAAAGGAGAACAAGCCCUUGGUGGUCUGGGGCUCCGGCACUCCCAAAAGGCAGUUCAUUUACUCUUUGGACUUGGCUCGCCUCUUCCUCUGGGUUUUGAGAGAGUAUCCUGAGGUGGACCCCAUCAUCCUUUCCGUCGGGGAGGAAGACGAAGUGUCAAUCAAAGAAGCGGCCGACACGGUUGUGCAAGCAUUGGACUUUAAAGGCCAAGUGGUUUACGAUCGCAGCAAAUCGGAUGGGCAGUUCAGAAAGACAGCCAGUAAUGCAAAGCUGUGUGGCUACCUUCCACAUUUCCACUUCACGCCCUUCAAACAAGCUCUCAAGGAAACCUGCGACUGGUUUGUUACACACUACGACACAGCUCGCAAGUGAAGUUGUCGACGAGUGGUGGACAAAUCCGCGUGGCAGGAUGGAGAGUGGCCAGGUGACCGCGCUCGCCCAGCUGCAGAGACCAAGGUGUCCAGAAGAUUACAAAAAGCAAACAUGAAUUUCAUUGCCAUGUGUGUAUCAUGCGGGGAAAAUCCGAUCGAUUCUUCGUAGUUUGCCGCAGUUCCACAUUAAAUGGCCUGCCCAACUCAAA